UACAGUCGACAUGCGCGCGCCAAAGUUUUGUAACAGCAAUGGCGUCCAAAGCAGGUCGUGGUGGGAAGAAGCGCAAAGCAGAAGUUCAGGUAGAGGAGGAGAAACCUUCAGUGGAGGAAAAGAAGGGCAGAGGAGACGAUGAAAGCAGCCAGGAAGGCCUCAGGGUGGUCAUUGAACACUGUAAAAGCUGACGAGUGUACGGGCGUAAUGCUGAGGAGGUGAAAUCCGCCCUCCUGGCUGCCUGCCCUGAACUGACUGUGGUCCUCAACCCUGAGAAACCUCGCAGGAACAGCUUCGAGAUCACUCUGCAGGACGGGGGCAAAGAAACAUCUCUGUGGACUGGAAUAAAGAAGGGCCCACCUCGUAAGCUGAAGUUUCCACAGCCUGAAGUGGUAGUUUCUGCUCUGCAGGAGGCUCUGAAGGCUUAGACACCCAGUGAAGCCCAGCAUUCUGGAGAUGCAGCCAGUGGAAGCAAAAAUGACGAGAAGUGACCAAGGAGAUGUUCUCAGUCCCUCCUCUGAUGAGCCAUGCUCUAACUGCUGCCAUCUUCUGGGUGCACGGUGACACCUAGUGGAGCUUAGCUGAGCCAAAGCAUUUCUCUGACACAUUACUGCUGUUUACUGUUGUUUCACAAAAGUUCAGUAGUGGUUUUAUGUCUGUUUUGUUUUUUGAGAAAUAAAAUCUUUUUU